AGGGGGCGGGGGCCGCGGCGCGCGCUCUCAAGAUGGCGGAGGCGGCCAAUUGUAUCAUGGAGGUGUCGUGCCCCCCCGGGGAGGGCAGUGCCAAGCCCUGUGCAGAGGACAUGACCUCCAAGGAUUACUACUUCGACUCCUACGCGCACUUCGGCAUCCACGAGGAGAUGCUGAAGGACGAGGUGCGCACCCUCACCUACCGCAACUCCAUGUUCCACAACCGGCACCUCUUCAAGGACAAGGUGGUGCUGGACGUGGGCAGCGGCACCGGCAUCCUCUGCAUGUUCGCUGCCAAAGCAGGAGCCAGGAGGGUCAUCGGGAUCGAGUGUUCGAGCAUCUCUGACUACGCCGUCAAGAUCGUCAAGGCCAACAAACUGGACCACGUGGUGUCCAUCAUCAAGGGGAAGGUGGAGGAGGUGGAGCUGCCGGUGGACAAGGUCGACAUCAUCAUCAGCGAGUGGAUGGGCUACUGCCUGUUCUACGAGUCCAUGCUCAACACCGUCAUCUAUGCCCGGGACAAAUGGCUGACCCCCGACGGGCUGAUCUUCCCCGAUCGAGCCACCCUGUACGUGACGGCCAUCGAGGACCGGCAGUACAAGGACUACAAGAUCCACUGGUGGGAGAACGUUUAUGGGUUCGACAUGUCCUGCAUCAAAGACGUGGCCAUCAAAGAGCCCCUCGUGGACGUCGUGGACCCCAAACAGCUCGUGACAAACGCCUGCCUCAUCAAGGAGGUGGACAUCUACACGGUGAAGGUGGAGGACCUGACGUUCACGGCGCCGUUCUGCCUGCAGGUGAAGCGCAACGAUUACGUGCACGCGCUGGUGGCCUACUUCAACAUCGAGUUCACGCGCUGCCACAAGAGAACAGGCUUCUCCACGAGUGAUGAGAGG